AUAUAAGGCUAUGACUGAUGCUACGCGUGUCAUUGAGAAGCUGAAUCUCUGCGGACUGCAGGACUUCGUCUCAAUUAAAAAUGAUGACUUGGGUUCGAUAUGGUAUCGCCUUACACGUGGUGCUUAUCUUUGUGGAGCUGGGAUGGUGCUACAUACUUGAUAAUAAGGUCGUUGAUGGGGUAAAACGACAAAGACGGGAAGAUGCCUCAAAUUCGGAAGUGACGUGCAGCGAGCACCUGGAAAGCAAAAGGGACUCCAUUAAUAUUCAGAUGGGCUUCACCAUCACCGACGAAAAAAGUGACGAAACGGAGCCACAAAGAAUCUCCUUUGGGGCACAGUCUUACUUUCAAGUAGAAUUGAAAGAGACUGCGUUGAUAUCCGGCAUUGUUACCCACGACAGUUCGCAUUUUGAGUUCCGGGUUACGCUCUUCCGGGUGGCGUACAGCACCGACUGCAUCACAUUCGCCAAUGUCACUGACAGACACGGCGAAGAUCAGGAAUAUUACGGAAAUAAGGACUCUAAUACUUCAACGACAGUGAUGUUCGAUCGCGUGUUCAACGCUAGAUGCGUGCGCAUCGUGCCGACAAAACGUAUCGGAGAAAACACUGCCAUGACAUUUGAACUACUCGGCUGCUCUCCUGACCAUUGCAAGGGCUCCAUCACGCCAAGUUCUACAGAGUGUCCCAGCUCCGAGAUCCGGAAGUUCGUGUUUGACAAGGAGAAGGUCAUCACGUCGAUGCGAAUCACCCUGACCGCUCCAGCAACCGAACAGACGCCCGCGUUUAAGGUGGCCUAUGCCAGGGCUUGCAACUACGAAAUGGUACAGUUCGUAAAGGAGAACGACCUGCCGAAGGACUUUGAGAUUCCGUACGGUGAAAGCUCGCUAGUGUUAGAGGGACCAGGUUUCCCUAUCCGCUCCCAGUGUAUUGCCGUGCUCAGUCGCUGGGAGACCGGACACGACGAUGAGGGCGGCACUCCGAAAGCGGGGAAUCCAUUGGUAGCCAUGGAAACAGAAGGGUAUCAAGUGACAUUCGAAGGCUGUAAUGCUUUGGCGACGCACGAACCCGUCGGUUCGUGUGGCAAUACCUACAUAGAGGAAAACGACGCUAAGAAGCGCGUUGUAGGCGGCUCGGCGUUACUUCAGGGUGAGUGGCCGUGGUUGGCAUCAAUACACUAUGCGUAUGGGGAGAACAUCACGGGUCAUACGUGUGGAGCGACACUUAUUCACCCACAGUGGCUACUCACCGCCGCGCACUGCUUCGUUUUUAGUUGGAUUGACUUGUCGGACACAAGCAUCUGGCGCAUUGUGCUCGGGGAGCACGUUCAGUAUCGAGAGGAAGGCACUGAGCAGAAGCACACCUUGGACAAGGUUGUCCCACACCCCAAGUACUUGCUGUCGUCGGACGAUCACAUGGACUAUGAUAUCGCUCUACUAAAGUUGAGCAGGCCAGCUGACUUGUCCGAGUACGUGAACACCAUCUGUAUCGAGCCUGACUACACCGCGCCCGAUCACAGCCACUGCGUCACAGCGGGUUGGGGAGACUUGGAGCAUGGGGCGGGUAUGGGCGUGGAAAUGCCGCACCAUGCAAGUGUUCAGAUCGUGCCGAAUUCCGUCUGCGCCGACAGCUACAGUCUACUGUAUGAAUACAGCUAUCAGAAUUUCACCAUCGCGGACUCUCUUAUGUGCGCCGCCGCUGAGGGCAAGGACUCCUGUCAGGGCGACUCGGGCGGUCCACUGGCGUGCUUCAAUAACGGUCACUGGACACAGGUGGGCGUGGUAUCAACAGGCUAUGGAUGCGCCCACCCACAGUAUCCUGGGAUCUACACGCGCGUUAACCACUUCUACGACUGGAUAGAUGAUGUCAUGCACUCAAACUGAGCAACCAAAACUGCAUAAAUCUCUGCAACCGGGACCUGCAAUGGUUACUGCACAACUACUGGUGCUUUUGGAAGAUACCGUUCGAAAUGUUGACAGUUACAACUACAGUUUUUAUAUCUUGCUAAUACAGUAUAUAUAUAAAUAUGUAUAUUGGCGUUGAUUUUUUUUACUUUAGACAUCAUUAGAAUAUAAAAUGUAACCGUUUCAUCUCUUUUUAUCAAUAAAUUUACACGACUCAA